AUGACGACUCCCCCGCCGUUAGAAGAUAGACUCAAGGGCAUGCUUGAGCCUGCCCAGCUCAUGACAUGGGCUAUGUCUCACUAUAUCCGAGUAUGCGCAGAAGCUGUCUUCAAGAAAGGCGAGAUCUUCGCGCCCAUCCUCCAAAUUCAUCGACUGCGCGAUGAAGCAUUUGGUCGAUUCUGGGUCGAGUUUUCCAAUGCCCUCCUCCGCUCACCUUCAAUAAGCACAAUCUACGGCCCCAAACCCUGCACUGGGCUCCACGAGAAACUUCGUGCCAAGGCCGUCGCCGAGGGAAUCUCAUCCAAAUAUCACAUUCUCCCCUGCGGCGCCGCAGCAUCUCAACUCCUCCCCGCGCUCCGGGAAUCGGGCACUGGCGUGACGGAGGCGUAUGAUUCUGAUUCACGGAAUGGGAUAUUCGACACGAUUAUCUGCGUACGUGUUCUUUGCUCUGUUCCCGAGAUGGAGAGGACUGUGAAUGAAUUGUAUGGAAUGUUGAAGCCGGGCGGGAAGUUGUUGGUUACGGAGCAUGUUGUUAAUCCGUGGCGGACGGCGAAGGGGUCUGUUCUGGCGAGGGUUGUGCAAAGUGUUUAUCAGUUGUUUGGGUGGAGCUUUUUUAUUGGCGAUUGUGCUUUAGAUCGGGAUACGGAGGGUGCGCUUUUGAGGGCUGCCCGCGUUGAUGGUGGGUGGGAGGUUGUGGAUUUGGAGAAGAAUUUUGCUUGGUCGGUUAUGCCUUAUGUUUCUGGGACUCUCGUUAAGAAGAUUUAG